AUGCAAAAUACUGCAUACGGUGCUUCCUUUGCUGGAGGAGCCUUUGACUUGGAGAGUUUUUUCAAACGGCCGCAAACUAUUUUGCGCAUUUUAUGUUGGCUUUUUUCCAUUGUGGUUUUUGCAACAAUCACCGCAGAGGGCUACACCAAUGAUCCCCCCCACCCUGAAAACAAAUGUAUGUACAACAACCAUGGCAGUGCCUGCAGCUAUGGAGUGGGGAUUGGGGUCCUGGCCUUUGUGGCGUGUGUGAUUUUCUUCCUGCUGGACGCUUACUUCCCUCAAAUCAGCAAUGCCAAAGAUAGAAGAUACAUUGUCCUCGGGGAUUUAGCGUUUUCAGCUGUUUGGACAUUUCUGUGGUUUGUUUGUUUCUGCCUACUUGCCAAUCAGUGGGCCAAAACUGAUGAUUCAUUUAAAAGCAGAACAGAUGCUGCACAGGCUGGCAUUGCCUUCUCCUUCUUCUCAAUUUGUUCAUGGGGGCUGUUGACUUAUUUUGCGCUUGGGAGGUAUAAACAAGGCCUUACGGAUCUGAACCAGGAUUACACGGAUCCUGCUCAUGACCACACCUCUCCUUACCCGCCCGAGUAUCCAAGCAGUGACGUCCCAGGAGGAUACCAACAGUCCCCUUUCUCCAGUCAGGGGCCGACUGGACCAGGGGAGUACCAGCCACCCACCUACUAA